AUGAUGAUGGCGGUCCUCCUGGCCCUCCUGGGAGCCCCCUGCCUGCUCUUCCUGGGCGUUGGGCUGUGGGUGACCUGCAGAACCUUCUUCACCGUGGACAUCCCCGUGGGCAUCAGCCACCCCAAGAAGCUGUGGCUCUUGAACUUCCUGUUCCAGCUGAUGGUGGCAUUGGGGAUGAUUCUUGAGAAACUGAGGAUCUGUUCGAUGCCCCAGUUCGUCCACUUCAUGCACGACCUGCCCCCGUACAGCAAGGAUCCGGAUGUGGUGGUCACCGACCUCCGCUACGGGAGCGUCCCGGUGAAGCUGUACCAGCCCAGGAGGGCCGCCAGCAGCCUCCGGCCCGGCAUCGUGCUCAUACACGGCGGCGGGGUGAUCCUCGGGAGCUUCAAAAUGUACCACAAAAUAUGCUGUCGUUUGAGCAAGGAGAGCGACUCGGUGGUUUUAAUGAUCGGAUACCGCCUGGCGCCCAAGCACAGGUUCCCGUCGGCCAUGAACGACUGCUUCGUGGCCACCACCCACUUCCUGAAGUCCCUAGAUAUGUAUGGGGUGGAUCCAGCCCGGGUCGUGGUCUGCGGUGACAGCGGGGGAGGGGGAGCGGCCGUGACAAUUUGUCAAAAAUUCAUGGCUCGGCCAGAUCUGCCCAAGAUCCGGGCUCAGAUUCUGGUCUACGCCACUCUCCAGAUCGUGGAUUACCAACUGCCUUCCUUCCAGCAGAACAAGAAUGUCCCGAUGCUCUCUCUGGACUUUGCCAUACACUGUAUCCAUUAUUACCUGGACAUAAGCCUCCAGUGGAAGAGCGCCAUCCUAAAGGGCGCCCAUAUGCCUGCCCAAGUCUGGGAAAAGUACGGAAAGUGGUUGAGCCUGGAAAACAUCCCAGAGAGGUUUAAGCAGAGGAGCUACCCUCCGGUGACCCGUGCGCCCUUGAAUGAGGAUGCUUACAUGGAGACAGACAUCCUUCUGGAUUUUCUGAACUCGCCCCUGCUUGCAGAAGACCAAGUUGUAUCUCAGCUUCCAGAAGCCUGCAUCGUGAGCUGCGAGUAUGACCUUCUCCGGGACAAUUCACUGCUGUAUAAGAAGAGACUGGAGGAUCUGGGUGUCCCGGUGACCUGGCACCACAUGGAGGAUGGUUUCCAUGGGGCGCUGAACACCCUCGGCAUGGGAUUCUUUCAAUUCCCCUGUGCCACGAGGAUUCUGGGGGUCAUGGUCCAGUUUGUGAAGGGGCUGUGA